CAACGCUGGUUCGGUUACUGAAAUUUUGCUGUCAGUCCGCGUUAGUUAAUAGUCAGAUCAAACUUAAUUUCUGUUAAUCAUUUCACAAAUAUUCGUGUAACUACAAAAUUUUCGGUUGCUUUCACUUAGUUAACGUUGUAUUUGGAAAGUUGAAAGAAAACUACGAGAAUGCCUGCUGGAGGAGCUUUAUUUGGAAGUUCAGCUGCUGGACCAGGGUCUACAGAGGGUAACAAACACCUGGUCGAGAUGAGAGCAGGAAAAAUGAACUUGAAAGGACGUAUGGUGUACCCAGAUAAACGUAAAGGAUUAUUGUAUGUGUAUCAAAGUCAAGAUUCCUUAAUGCACUUCUGCUGGCAGGAUCGUAAUACAGGAAAUGUGGAAGAUGAUUUAAUAAUUUUUCCUGAUGACUGUGAAUAUGUCAAGGUACCACAGUGUACAACUGGCAGAGUGUAUUUGUUAAAAUUUAAAUCAUCUAAUAGAAAAUUUUUCUUCUGGCUUCAGGAGCCAAGAUCUGACAAGGAUGAAGAUAACUGCAAAAGAAUUAACGAAUUACUAAACAAUCCGUCAAGUGCCGUACAAUCGUCGCAAAAUCAAGAUCAGGAUUUGCAGUCUUUGCUAAAUAAUAUGUCUCAAUCGCAGUUGAUUCAAUUAUUUGGAAGUGGCGUAGGCCAGAUGGGCGGCCUUUCAAGUUUGCUUGGCACUAUCAGAGGCCCUAAUAAUGGAAGUGCUCGCACAAGUACAACUCCAGCAAUUACUCACCGUACUGUACCUAGUACACCAACGACCAAUACUCCCACUACGCAAAAUACGCCAACGACCCCGCAAACAACGCCGGCGCCAACAGUUGUGCCCAAUGCCCCUAGGGUGCAAAGACAUACCGGUAUGACAGAAGGAAGUCCAAUUCAGCUGUCGGAUUUGCAGAGUUUCCUGCAAGGCAUGACGCCAACUAGUGCCACCAACGUCCAGCAGUCAGUUGAUUUAUCCACUGCUUUAACAACUGAAACUUUAUCAGGAGUUCUUAACAAUCCGGAAGCUCUUCAGCAACUUCAAAGUCAUUUACCACCAGUGGAUAGUAAUACACAAGAAGCAUUGAGAUCCACUUUAGCAUCUCCUCAAUUUCAACAAGCUGUUUCACAAUUUUCUAGCGCUUUAGAAUCUGGCCAACUGGGCCCUGUAGUGUCUCAGCUCUCUGUUAAUCAGGAUGCAGUUUUGGCUGCUUCUGAAGGUAACAUGCAAGAUUUUGUAAAAGCUUUGGAGAAGUCUACUGCAGAUGCGUCAUCAGGGUCCUCAGAAACGGACAAGAAUAAUACGAAGAAAGACCCAAAAAAAGAUGAUGAUGAACAAAUGCAACUGGAUUGAGUAAUUUCCACUAGCAGUUUAUAUGCUUAGCGUAUUAUUAUUUACAACGGCUUUCAGGUUAAUUAGUAAUUAUUGGAACAAUUUAUAAUACUUUAAUUUGAAUAAAUCACAAGCAUGACAAAA